AUGGCAACGCCUUCUGACUUGGCUGUAGAUGCAAGGUGUGAAAUUUCAGGGAAGGCGGGAACUAUUCGUUUUGUUGGUAUUACCAGUUUCGCUCCAGGUAAAUGGGUCGGUGUCGAAUUGGAUGACCCCCUAGGGAAAAAUAAUGGAUACGUAGAUGGAAAACACUAUUUUGAUUGUAAACAAAAACACGGGGUUUUUGCUAGAGCCUCGCAAGUAAAACCUUUAAAUACCACUAAACCUCUAGAAGACCAGAAUUCUAAAGGGUUUGCACCUCCCAAUGAAAAUACUAAUAUUGGUGCAGCUCGAAAUGGUCUUCGUUCCCCGGCUUCAGGAAGCAUACCUACACUUAAUAGAACAACUAGUAUACCAAGUCCUCUUCGAUUAAAUAAAGGACCACAACAGAAUGGUCAAGGAAUAUUAAAUUCACCAUCGACUGAUAAAUUUAAUCGUGGACCAACCAGUCCAACAUUUUCGAGGAGACCACGUGGUAGUUCAGAUGCCAGUAAUGUUGACAUGAAAAAAUUUGAUCCUAGUGAAGCAUUUAAUGAUUUAGGUGAAGUAGAUGAAAUUGAAGAACGAAAUAUUUUUGCUGAAACACCUGGCGAAACUCCUACAAAUGAAAUUAGAAAAACAAAUGAAUCGUCAAAAAUUGAUGAAGUAGUUAAUUCAGUGGAUCCUUUCUCUUUACAAGAAACACCUGUAAUUCGUGAACAAAGUGUUCCCUUAAAAGACUAUGAAGAAUUGAGAUUAAAAUUAAAGAUAUUGGAAAAUAAACGUACAGAAGAUCGAGAAAAAAUUCGGGAACUUGAAAAAUAUAAGUCUGAAGCUGAACAAUUUAUGAUAAUAAAACCAAAACUUCAAAGCAAAAUGUUAGAAAUGCAACAAGAAAUACGCGACCUUAGAAAGCAAUUGAAAGAUGCCGUUUCUGAAAAAGAGAUUUUCGAAAAUAAAUACAAUGAAACAGUAGAAUCUAUGGAAUUUAUAGCACUUGAUAAAGAAAUGGCCGAAGAAAAAGCUGAAAACUUACAGCAUGAGGUGGAUUUACUCAAAGAAAAAGUAGAAGAGAUUAGCGUAGAUUUGAAUGUGUUUAAAAACGAAGGAGAUAUGGUCAAUCAAUCAAGUUGUAAUGGAGAUUCAUCAAGGCCAUCUGUUGAAAUUAUUCAACUUGAAAAACAUAAUGAUCGAUUAAAAGAAGCUCUUGUUAGGCUUCGUGAUGUUUCGAGUGAAAAUGAGGUUGAUCUUAAUAAGAAAAUCAAGAAUUUGGAAAAGGAAUUGGUUUCUCUUCAAGAUAUUCAAGUUCAAUAUGAUCAAACAAGAAAUCAAUUAAAACAGGCUGAAUUACAUAUUGAGGAUUUAAAAGCCCAGCUGGAUGAUGCAAUGAAUUCUACAGAAAUGCUUGAAGAACUUACCGAGAAAAAUUUGUUAUCCGGAGAAAAAAUUGAAGAACAAAGAAUGCUCAUCGAAGAUCUCGAAGCACUUAAAGAAUUAAAUGACGAACUUGAAGAAAGUCAUAUUGAAAACGAAAAGCAACUUCAAGCUGAGAUUGAUCACAAAGAUAUCCUCAUUAGAGAGUAUAAGAAACGCAUCGAAUCUGCGGAAUUAACUAACGCAGAUUAUGAAAAUACUAUUAACCAAUUCCGGGAAUUAGUAGCUACUCUACAAAGUGAUUUGGAACAAUUCCGUCAAAAAGAAACUCAAUCUUCCGAAUCAAAAAAUCUUAGCAGUCAAUCACAGGAAAUGCUUAGUCUGAAUAUUCAAUUACAAUCAACAGUACUUAAAGCACAAGCUAAACAAAUCGAUUUGGAACUUCGAAGACUUGAUGCUACCCAAGCAUCUGAACAUUUGGAUAUUGUCCAGCCCUAUUUACCCGAAACAUAUUUCGAAACCGAGAAUGAUUCCAUUCGUUGUUUGCUUUUGUUGAAACGUCUUGUAUUCAAGUCAGAGUUAAUAAUCAAACAAGUAGAGCAAAUUCAUAACAUUCCAGAAAAAUUAAAUACGACUGUUCCUGAGAAAUUGAUUUCUGUUUGUGAAUUGCGACAAAAAUUAGGAUGGUUUUCAGAUUUGUCAAGGCGAUUUGUUUCAUUUAUAUCUGGUUGUCCCGUUGAAACAUUCCUUAAAAUGGGUCAAGUUUAUCACGAUUUGGUGGGAACUGAACGUCGAAUUCAUGUUAUUGUGGAUUUACUGAGAAAAGAAGAACUCAAAGAGUCCGAACGCAUUGUUGACGUACAAAGAUCUAUUGCUCAGCUUGAACAUUUAGCAGAAAUUUACCUUUCGAAUUCUAAAGUUGAUGAAGCAGAUAGAUUUUAUGCUUUUAGCAGAAGCUUAGAUUUUAAUGCCGAUACUAUAGCGGUUACUCUUGGGCAUGCAAAACAAGCUGUUGCUUUAGCAUGUAAAGAUGAAGAAAUUAACGUUGCUGAUGACGCCGAACGUUUCAAUGCUGAAUUCUUCCAACCUUUACAAGGUUUAGUAUCAACAGCUCGAAGUAGUAAAGUUAUUGCUAGGAAAUUACUCCGUCGUCUUGAUGAAUUGGGUGGAAAAUCAUUAAUAAUGAAAUCAGAACUUUUGCCUCAAUUCAAGAUGUGCAACUCAUUAAGCACAAAGUUGGUAGUCUACUGUAACGAAAAAGAUUCCAAAGAUAAAUUAGAAUUGAGUGGACUUCGACAAAUCAUUUAUAGAAUCACCGAUAAACAUUUAAAUAUUAGUGAAACAAAUAUGUGGGAAGGAUGUGCAAAAUCAUCUCAAGAAUUUUGCCUGGAAAUUACAAGUUUGGUUAACCUUACCAAUGAUCCAGAUCAAUCAAUUACAAGCGAAAAAGAAGAAGCACCAUGGGUUUCAAGAGCCACGGCAUUGAAAAAAGAAGUUCAAGCGAAUGCUGAAACAGAACGUAAAUUACAACAAGCAAACAAAGAAAUAUGUGAAUUGAUAAAGGAAAAUAAGAUAAAGGAACAAUCAUUACAAGAAGGAAACGUUAAAAUUGAAUUUUUAGAGAAACGUAUGGAGGUUGUUAAGAAACAGGCUGAUACGAUCAAUUCACUUGAACAAGAACUUGCUAAUUCAAAGAAACAUGAAACCGACUUUGUAGAAGUUAUGGAAAGUCUUCAGCAAGAAAUCGAGAGUUUGGAACAACAAAAUAAACAAUUUGCUAAUAAUUUGGAACUUAAACUCGAUGGAGAAGGAUUGUCUUCCGAAAAUCAAGGACGUUCCCGAAAUGAUGAGGACGAACUUGAAAAAGAUGGAGUGGGAUCAAUGUCCGAUAGUAAUUCAUUGGAGAUUCAACGUUAUACUAGUCAGAUCGAAUCGUUGAAGUUUGCCGUUCGUUAUCUAAGAGCCGAGAAUUCUCAUUUGAAAGGUAAGGAUGCUAUGAGUGUAUUAAAUUGGCAUCUACAACCUUAUAGAAAUCGCACUGCAAAAAAUCAAAGUGAUGGGGAAUUGUUAAAGACAGAAUUCCGUAUUGUGAGUGCAUCGCCCAGAAUAAUUGAUCUUUCAAAAUCACCGGAGAAUCGUAAACAAUGGCAACCAUUAAAGAGCACUCCAGGGUAUCAAUAUCAAGUACAACAAUCAGUAAUGUAUACAUUACAACAACGAAGUAUUGAAUUACAAUCAAAACUUAAACAAAUCGGAAGUCCAACCAAACCCAAGAAUUUGAAUUUAAAGAAUACUGGAGUUGAACAAAAAAGUUCACUUGUUGGACGAAUUAGACUUCCUCUUUUGGACCAUUCUGAUCAUGAACAUUCACAUUCUCAUAACGUUCGACUGAAAAAUUCAUCCGAUUUUGAAAAGAUUCAUACUAUUUUCGUGAAUUGA